AUGUUAAAUGAUGAUGAAAAUGGUAAUCCAAAAUGGGAAGGAUUGGAACAACGUGGUACGCAAUGGCGUGAAUUUAAAUGCGGUAAAACUCGCUAUCAAUUAUCGUUUAAGCGUAAUUGGCUUCUUGGUUGUGUUGAUAAUAAUGAUAAGCAUUCUUGUGAUGCAUCCAGCGAAGAGAGUGAUGAUCUACCAACAGAUCUCAAUCCGAUCAUUGAAGUCAAAUCCACUACACCAAGCGUUCUCGAUGUAUCAUCGUUGAAAAGACGCCGUAAAGGACGACUUAGCACAUUGGAUCGUUUUCCAUCAAUGAUGAAAAUAUCUAAUGGUACAUUGGGACAGGAUAUGGAAAGUAGCAUCUGUUCACAGACAUGGUCUGAAAUACCUCAUCUCGAUGGUGCAACUGCAUCAUUAGGUUCAAUACGUUUACCACCUGUUCACUAUUUAGGUAAUACACUUCGCAGUAAACAUCAGGUACGACGUAAAUUACGUGCUCGACGUCUUCCACGAUCUAUGUCUGAUGGUGAACAUAUUGGAAUGUAUAUGGAUGCAUCAAUUCAUUCAGCUCCCGGAGCAUCAAUGUCACACUGGAAUGCUAAUCUGUGUCUCGAUAGUGAUAGCACAGGACCGGAUCAGAGUGAUGCUCCACCAUAUGAAUGGGAUGAUUAUAGA